AAAUACCGAAUCUAUCCUCAAACCGGCGCUUUUACAGAUCUGCUUGCAUUUCGCCUCCAAAAUUUCAUUUUCUUUCUCCUUCUCGCCCAUUCUUUGUGUCAUAAUCCUUAGCUGAUAAGCUUAAGAAUACGAGUCCACUUAAGGUCAGCUUCUUCCAUCUUCAGAAAUUUUCUAUUCUAGUCAAAUUUCCCUGCUGGGCAGGUUACUGUUAGCAAUUACGGUUUUGAUUCCAGGAUCGUGAUACUAAUAUCAAAUGGAGGGAGUUGGAGGUGAGGGUGCCUCGGCAGCAUCACCUGUAGCCCAAUGGGGCCAUGAUGCUUGGAGGAUGUAUCAGUAUUAUCUGGAUAAGACUACACCCCAUACAAUCCAUAGGUGGAUUGGAUCUCUCGUUGUAGUGGCUAUUUAUUGUUUGCGGGUGUAUUACAUUCAAGGGUUUUAUAUUGUUUCCUAUGGGCUUGGAAUAUAUCUACUGAAUUUGCUUAUUGGGUUUUUAUCACCUUUGGUUGAUCCUGAACUUGAACCUACGGAUGGGCCUUUAUUGCCUACAAAGGGUUCUGAUGAAUUCAAGCCAUUCAUUCGUCGUCUCCCGGAGUUCAAAUUCUGGUAUUCCUUCACAAAGGCAUUCUGCAUAGCAUUUUUCAUGACCUUCUUUUCCAUGUUCGACGUUCCUGUCUUUUGGCCAAUACUGCUUUGUUACUGGAUCGUUCUAUUUGUUCUUACGAUGAGGCGCCAAAUUGCACAUAUGAUCAAAUACAAGUACAUUCCAUUCAACAUUGGAAAGCAGAAGUAUGGCAGUAAGAAAUCUUCUGCAAGUAGCAGCAGUUCACGUGGGGAUUAGACUUUCACUGCUUUCAUAGGGUGUUUAGAAAAAGGACCAGAUGGGGAAAACAGUAGACGUGAAGAUUCAUGAGAAUUGAUUUUUUUUUCUUUUUUUUUUGUCCUUCCUUUCAAGGGACAUGUAUUAAUGUUAUAUGAUGGAUUUGAAUGUGCACUUGCAAUUGAGCCUUGGCAUUUUGUGAUGGCAGAGUGCUGAUGUUGCAGAAGUGAAACUUCAUUGCUUAUAGUCAUAUUGACAAAAUUCAAUUAUGUUUCUGAAAACUGGGUCUAUGAUUAGUUCACACUUUGCUUUCCUCAAAUGUUAGACAUGGAAAUUGCAAGUGGCAGCAUUGGUGAAAUUUUCUUGCAAAUCAUAUCAGCACUGGAAUACAAUAGUUCAUUGCCCUUGCAUUCAA